CCAGCCCCCAGCACUUCCUCGUCGCCGCCCCCCGCCCCAGGAACCGGGAGCCUGCGGAGUCCUCUGAAAUCAGAUCCUGGCCUAGGCCGCUACCUCGUCCCUGGACCCGGGGCUGGACGCAGAGAGUGGGACGCUGUCCUCCAGGGCCCUCAUCCUUAGCCAGGCGGGCACCACGGCAGGGGCUGAGCCACCCUCAUGGAAGGGAGAGGACCAUACCGGAUCUACGACCCUGGGGGCAGCGUGCCCCCGGGAGAGGUGUCCACAGCUUUUGAGCGCCUAGUGGAGGAGAAUGCCCGACUAAAGGAAAAAAUGCAAGGGAUAAAGAUGUUAGGGGAGCUUUUGGAAGAGUCCCAGAUGGAAGCAUCCAGGCUGCGACAGAAGGCAGAGGAGCUAGUCAAGGACAGUGAGCUGCUCCCACCGCCAUCUCCCUCUUUGGCUUCCUUCGACCACCUGCCUGAGCUCACAGGAAAGGAUGCAAAUGUCCCAGCACCCCCUGCUGACCCUGCACUCCCCAGUGACACGCCAGAGCCAGUCCAAAAACCUCCAUCCAGUGGCACCUCCUCUGAAUUUGAAGUGGUCCCCACGGAGGAGCAGAAUUCUCCACCAGAGAGCAGCGGCCACACCAGAAACACGAUGGAGCUGGGCCCCCUACCCCACGAGGACAGCAACCUGCUGCUGCACCUGCAGCGCUUGGAGACCACCCUGAGCGUGUGCGCUGAGGAGUCCGACCACAACCAGCUCUUCACCCAUCUGGGCCGCAUGGCCCUCGAGUUCAACCGGCUGGCCUCCAAGGUGCACAAAAAUGAGCAGCGCACCUCCAUCCUGCAGACCCUCUGUGAGCAGCUUCGGAAGGAGAAUGAGGUCCUGAAGGCCAAGCUGGACAAGGGCCUGGAACAGCGCGAUCAGGCUGCUGAGAGGCUGCGGGAAGAAAACAUGGAGCUCAAGAAAUUGUUGAUGAGCAGCAGUAAAGAGAGUGCCUGUGGGCGGCCAGGCUCACCAAAGUUGGAAGGCGCAGGCAAGAAGGGGAUGGCUGGACAGCCGCAGGCUAGUGUGAUAGCAGGUAAGAUGCCAGAAGUGGGAGCCUUGGGUGCUGCUGAGAAGAAGGUGAAGAUGCUGGAGCAGCAGCGCACUGAGCUGCUUGAAGUGAACAAGCAAUGGGACCAGCAUUUCCGGUCCAUGAAGCAGCAGUACGAGCAGAAGAUCACUGAGCUGCGCCAGAAGCUGGCGGACAUACAGAAGCAGGUGACUGACCUAGAGGCUGAGCGGGAGCAGAAGCAGCGUGACUUUGACCGCAAGCUCCUCCUGGCCAAGUCCAAGAUUGAAAUGGAGGAGACUGACAAGGAGCGACUGACAGAAGAGACCAAGGAGCUGCUUCAGAAGGUCAAGUACCUGCAGGAUCAGCUGAGUCCACUGACCCGGCAGCGGGAUUACCAGGAAAAGGAGAUCCAGCGGCUCAAUAAGGCCCUGGAGGAAGCACUGAGUAUCCAGGCCUCCCCAUCAUCUCCCCCAGCAGCUUUUGGGAGCCCGGAAGGAGCUGGGGGCCUCCUAAGAAAACAGGAGCUGGUCACACAGAACGAAUUGCUGAAACAGCAGGUCAAGAUCUUUGAGGAGGACUUCCGGAGGGAGCGUAGCGAUCGAGAGCGCAUGAAUGAGGAGAAGGAAGAGCUGAAGAAGCAGGUGGAGAAACUGCAGGCCCAGGUCACCCUGUCGCAUGCCCAGCUAAAGGCAUUCAAAGAUGAGGAGAAGGCGAAAGAAGCCCUCAAACAGCAGAAGAGGAAAGCAAAGGCCUCGGCAGAGCGCUACCACAUGGAGCCCCUCCCGGAGCACCUCUGUGGGGCCUACCCCUAUGCCUACCCGCCCAUGCCAGCCAUGGUGCCACACCACGGCUUUGAGGACUGGACCCAGAUCCGCUACCCUCCACCUCCCAUGGGCAUGGAACACCCACCCGCACUCCCCAACUCGCGCCUCUUCCAUCUGCCGGAAUACACUUGGCGGCCACCCUGUGGGGGGAUGCGCAAUCAGACCUCCCAAGUAAUGGACUCGCCUACGGCCAGGCCUGCAGAACCAGGACUUUGAAACCUGCUAUACCACGUCAUCUUUAAGCCCUCAACAUGUUUGUUUCUUUAGACUCCACAAAAAACAACCGCGAGGGGCCUCAAUGAAACCAGAUUGCAUCACUUGGCUCCACCUUCGUCUUGCAGAGCCCGCUGACCUCAGAUUAUUGAAAAACUAGAGGCCAUGUGCUCUGUGUGGCCAAAGCCUCAGCCAGACAGGAAGCUGAGAUGGGUGACCAGUUUGGGAGGCUCCACCCAGGUUUCCAUCGGGCCCCAUCUUUGGAGUGACCAGGAAAAAGUCACUGUCCUGCCACCUAGUGGAGAGGCCUCAUCCUGCUUUGACCUGCCAUCCUUUGUGGAAUCCACCGGGGGACGUCAAUCUCAAGAGUGGGAUGCAGCUGAGACCCCUUUCUCUUGACACUUCCCCAAAAGUGGUUCCAGCCCCUCUGGGGACCACGUUCAAUUCAUAUGUAUGUUUAAGUUUGCUUCAAGCUCUGUAGUAGCAGGACCUGCCUCAUGCCCAUCCCUUCCCCUCCAAGAGGAGGCGUGGGAAGAAUGGGUUUGCCUCCAGGAGCAGAAGAGAAGGACAGGAUGUUCUGCCGUGGGGUCCUCAAUCUCUGCCCACGGCAGGCUUGCUACCACCACCACAGCCUGGGAAAAAGGCCACGCCAGCCACAUCCACGAAGAGGCCCAGCCUGAGGCAGUCAGGCUUUAGGCCUCACCACUGGAGGCUUGUGGUGCUGGAGGCCCAGAUUGGGACGGCUGUCCGUCCCUGGGCAGCUCUUUGCAUGAAAUCUUGGACAUAAAUCCAAGUGCAAGUUUCUGUAA